AUGUUUCAGUGGCUCAGAAUAAUUCCAGGGGUCAAAUUAAGUUUUGUUAGAUUCAGAGUAAAAGCAGCGGAAAUUGAGAAUAAACAACGAGAUAAACCCGAGAUAUCGGGUCAAAACUCGCUUCCAAUGGAUGAAGAAAUCAAUGCUUUGCACGUUGGGCUUUGUCCACGAUCUAAAAAGCGACCUUGGCACCACAAAACCCUUGAAUGA